AUGUCUGCUUUACCGGUUAAGUGCAUUAAUGCUGCCGACUUGAAUAGUGUGCAUCCACGCGACUUAACCCAAGACUCAAUUGUAAUAACGGCAAGCGAUAGCGGAAACACGCCCGAAAUUAUUGAAGCUGCUAAAUGGUUGAUUAAAGCUAAUAUUCGCUUAAUUGCAUUUACGAAAAAAAGCGGUGAGCUUGGUGGGCUAGCACCAAAUGUUAUUGAAGUUAAUGGCUCUACCGGGGCAGGGCAAAAUUAUUACAUGGCAGAAGCAAUGUUAAUUUAUCGCUUACUAUACAAGCACGGUGAUUUCGCAGGAUACCCUAAAUUUGCUGAUCAACUAAAAGGUGUAUUCAAGGAUUUAUUGGCAAUUCGUAAAAAGUUUGAACCUAAAGCCGAUAAGAUUGCUCAAAAAUGUUACCAAGCACCGUACACGAUUUUUACAGGUUCUGGCGCACUUUGGGGAGAAACCGAAUUAUUUGCUGAAUGUCUUCUUGAAGAAAUGCAAUGGAUUAGGACUCGUCCAAUUACUAGUGCCAAGUUUUUCCACGGAACACUUGAACUGGUCGAAAAAGGUGUACCAGUCUUUAUCGUUGAAGGUGAAGAUGAAUUUAGAAGCAAGAUGUUCGGUGCAACGUUUUUGUGA